CCUCCAUAUGCAUUUGAUACUGGAUAUAUUCACUUGGUUGUCUUCCUAAACAUUGCGCAUGCCAUUUGAGGUAGCGUGGACAUUUUCUGGACCUGAUUAUGCUUUAUUAAUUUGUUGGACAAAAUUGUUUUUUGCAUCAAGAACUGAUAAAUGUUUUUUUUAUUUUUUAUGAUGGAACAAAGAGGAUUCUGCGCAGCAUGGAUGAGGCAGCGUUGGAUUGCGUGUGUGACCGCUUUGCUUUUGUUGGGUGUUACCUCAGCGCAAAUAAGAUACUCAAUUUCUGAGGAGCUUAAGGAAGGAACUGUGGUUGGAAACAUAGCGAACGAUCUUGGGUUAGAUCAAAGCACGCUGAUAGGUAGAAAGUAUCGCAUUGUUACCAGCCAGACGGUUCCUAUUUUUCGUCUGGAUCCGAACGAUGGCAACCUUUAUGUGAGCCGAAAGAUAGACAGAGAAGAGGUCUGUGAACGUACCAGUACAUGUGAAAUAAAUUUAAAGACUGUGCUGGAAAAUCCUUUGGAGGUCCACUAUGUUAGUGUUGAGGUGCAAGAUAUAAAUGACCAUUCUCCCAUUUUUCCGGAGAAUGAGACGGUGGUGGAAAUUUUUGAGUCAGUGCUGCCUGGAGUGCGCGUUCCGCUGCAGCCUGCCCGCGAUCCAGACGGGGGGAUAUUCUCUAUCCAGCAUUAUAAACUAAGCUCUAACGACCACUUUCGCUUAGAGGUUAAAGAUACAGGAGAUGACGGCAAAAUACCUGUUUUGAUUGUUCAAAAGUCAUUAGAUAGGGAAAACUCAGCAAAGCAUACAUUAAUGCUGACUGCCCUCGAUGGAGGUAAACCUCCAAAAUCUGGCGAGGUUAAUAUUGAAGUAAACGUUUUGGAUGCAAAUGACAACGCACCGGUCUUUUCCAAAGAUGUUUACUCUGUAAUACUUGAGGAAAAUUGUCCACUUGGUACAACUGUAGUGAAGAUAAAUGCCACAGAUUUAGAUAGCGACAGGAAUGGGGAAGUAGUUUAUUUCUUUAGCAACAGUGUAAAUCGUAAAUUCCUUAAGCUUUUUGAAAUUAAUCCAUCAACAGGUGAGAUAACUGUAAGAAGUUUAAUAGAUUACGAGGAAAGGGAUAAGUAUCAACUUGAAAUUGAGGCUUCAGAUAAAGGUCUCCCUCCUCUCUCGGCACAAAAAAGUAUCAUUAUUAAAAUAACUGAUAUGAAUGAUAAUGCACCCGAGAUUGAGAUUACUUCAUUUUCAAGUUCGAUUCCUGAAGAUUCCCCACUUGGAACAACAGUCGCUCUGAUCAGUGUAAAUGACUUGGACUCGGGUCUUAAUGGAAAGGUCAUCUGCACACUAAAUGAUGAUAUCCCAUUUAUUUUAUCACCAUCUUUACAAGACAAAAUGUAUUCACUGGUAACCAAAUCCCCUCUGGACAGAGAGAAACAAUCACAUUAUGUGAUAACAGUAAAAGCAAAGGAUGCAGGUCAACCACCACGGUGGUGUGAAAAGACAGUACGUGUUGUGGUGUCAGAUGUAAAUGACAACUACCCAGAGUUUUCACUGAACCCAUACACUUUUUAUGUGACUGAAGGUAAUAAUCCAGGAGCUACUUUGUUGACUGUAAAAGCUUUUGACCUUGAUGAGAACAGUAAUUCAAUAGUUUCCUACCGAGUUUUGAGAGAUGCAGGGCGAGAUAGCAUAGUUUCAUUUAUUAAUGUUAACUCAGAAACUGGAGACAUUGUGGCAUUAAAGAGUUUAGACUUUGAAACUCUGAAAACUUUCCAGUUCCAAGUUGUCGCCUCAGAUUCUGGGUCUCCGUCACUGAGCAGCAACGUCACAGUGAACGUGUUCAUUCUGGAUCAGAACGACAACGCUCCAGUCAUCCUGUAUCCAGUCAGCUCCAACGGUUCUGCUGAAGGUGUGGAGGAGAUUCCCCGCAAUGUGAACGCAGGACACUUGGUGACUAAAGUCAGAGCCUAUGACGCUGAUAUAGGAUAUAACGGCUGGUUGCUGUUUUCACUGCAGGAAGUUACUGACCACAGUCUCUUUGGUUUGGACCGCUACACAGGACAGAUCAGAACACUUCGCUCGUUCACAGAGACAGACGAGGCUGAGCAUAAACUGGUCAUACUGGUCAAAGACAAUGGCAACGUUUCCCUCUCAGCAACAGCUACUGUGAUUGUCAAACUGGUGGAGCCCAAAGAGGCUUUUGCAGCUUCUGAUGUUAAAAGUGCAGCAAAGGAUGAUGAGGAUAAUAAUGUGACUUUUUACCUGAUGAUCACUUUGGGCUCAGUUUCAGUUCUGUUUAUCAUCAGUAUCAUCGUGCUGAUUGCAAUGCAGUGCUCCAGAUCCACAGACUAUACUUCUAAAUAUCUCCCAGAGACUAAUUAUGAUGGGACACUGUGUCACAGCAUCCAGUACAGAUCUGGAGACAAACGGUACAUGUUAGUUGGACCCAGGAUGAGUAUAGGAUCUACUAUAGUACCUGGAAGUCAUGCAAACACACUGGUGCUACCUGACAGGAGGAGGACAUGUGAAGAGGUAAGACUGUAUUUAGAUACUUUUUGA